GCUGAAGCAUCUCGCUGUUACCCAGACAACAGAAAGCUUUCAUUGACAUCAUCCCUCGGCUCUCCAAUCAUGAAGAGCCUUCUCUCGUUCGUUUUCCUUCUGGUCCUGCUGGGUGUAAGUGAAGGAAAAAGAAAGAGAUGCAUCACAGCCUGUGAGGGUUUGGACGACGGACAGUACCAGCUGUGUGACACGUGCAGCCGGUUUGCCAUAUGCUCAAAUGAAGUGAGGUACGAAAUGCCCUGCCCCCCAGGCCUUGCGUGGGACGAUAAAGAGAAGAAAUGCGUUGAGAGCUCCACCACAUGUGAAGGCCUCGACCUGGCAGGACCUCCAAAGGACAACCGUCAACGAAGUCGCAACCGUAAAAAUAAAGCUUCUAGGGUUUGAAAAACAAGUUUUGUUUUCAAAGUGGGGGAUUUUCAGCUUCUCAAAAAGAAUAUCCCAUUAUCGUUUUAUUGACUGGAAAUUUCAAACAAGAAAUAGCUUACCAAUGUUUGUUUUUUUUUAAUGUUUUUUUUUUUUAGCUGCUGUUAUCACUUUGGUAUUUUUUUAAUUUUUUUUUUUCGAUAUUGUAUAAAAAAUGUUUCGAAGCUCGGGAUUUGCCCCAAAGAUGAAGAGUAUGAAAUAUACUCAAAAGUAUAGUGUACUUACUACAGUCAGCAGCAAUAAAGAACAAAGUAUUUCCCCCUGAA